UAAAGAGAGAACAUGACUGUAGACAUGCUCGUCCAAAUUCAGAGGUGGCUGAUGCAUACAAAGGUAUGGAGAUUUGUUGGAUGUGCUUCAGCUGUUGUUGGACUUGUUUGUUAUGCUCUCAGCUCUUCCUUCAAUCAUCUAUUUGGAAACUGGAGAUUGUGGAAGAUAGUUCUUUACACAGUUUUCAGUUUCAUCAUCUGCUCCAUAAUUUUGUAUGCAAGAACAUGGCAACACUCGACUAGUCAUCGAUUCAAAGCUCAUUCAGCGUUUCUGGUAUUGACAAUUACCUCUAUUUAUUCCUUUUUCUCAGAUAAAAUUAUGAAUGGAAAACCAGAUGCAUAUAGUCUAAUUUCAUGUGCUGCCUUUUCUAUGAUGUCACUUAGCUUGUCGAGGCAAAUUCAGUGUGGAUUUGAAGUGGAUCUUAUGUACUUUUAUCUCGGAUGUUUAAUUGUACAACUCAUGAAGAUUAAAUUAUUGUUAGCUAUUGUUGGAGUUUGUUAUAGUUAGUGUCUUAUUAUUCUUUGUUCUUCUUUCUCUUCCUCAAAUAUUACACAAGAAACUAGGUGUGUAAUUGGACUCGAUGAACGUGUAGUCAUUCAAGUUGAUUCACAACAACAAGAAAAUCCGAUUAGAGGUUUCAACAUUAAGCAACAGUUCAUUUCUUGUAUGAAUGAACUUAAGAAAAACAAUUCGAAUAUUGGUAAGAUGCUUUUGCAAAAGCUUAAAGGUAACUAUAAAUUGGUUAUGACUGACCAAAAUUUCAUAAUUGAUUCACUUUUGCCUGAAACAAUUAAUAACCUUCAUAACACGGUGAAAUUGAUGGUGGAUUCUGGAUUUGAGAAAGAGUGCUAUGAGAUUUACAACAGUUACCGUAAGGAAUGGUUGGAAGACUUGUUAAUAAAUAAAUUAUUGGCGUUGAGAAAGAUGGAAUUUCAGGAUUACAUGAUUGGAAGAUGGAUAAAAACUUCCAAGGUUGCUCUUAGAAUACUAUUUCCCAGUGAACGUCAACUAUAUGAUGGUGUCUUCUCAGAAUUCAACUCUGAAUCAUCUGAUCACUAUUUCUCAGAUGUUUGUCAUGGAGCGAUAAUUCAACUUCUGAAUUUUGCUGAUUCGUUUGCAAAUCGAAGCCCUUCACCAUGGCGUAUGUUUAAAAUCCUCAACUUGUUCGAGACACUGUGUGAUCUGAUUCAUGAAUUUGAAUCAUUGUUUCUUGAUUCGUUGGUGAACGAAGCAGUAAAAAUCAAGAAUAGAUUGGGUGAAAUAAGUAAAGACAUUUUCAUGGAAUUUGGGAAUAUGAUCUUUCUUACACCAUAUGUGGAGUUAGAUUGUUGGGCUGAUGGUGGAGUACAUCCAAUGACAUGUGAGGCCACUAGCUCCAUCGUCGCGGCUUUUUGGUCAAGACAAAAUCUGGAGAAAAUUUUACAAGGGUACCCCUUAGUUGUUGAUGGAGCAGGAACAUCUUUAUUUUAUUCACAAAUGGUGCUUAUUAUGGAGCAGUUUGAGAGAAAAUUGGAAGCCAAGUCAAAAUAUUAUGAGGACCCUGCUUUGCGCUAUUUUUUCUUGAUGAACAAUCUAUGUCACAUUAAGGGAAGAUUGGAAACCUUUUGGGAUAAUAGCAUUCAUACAAACACGGAAAUUCUUUGAACUCUAUUUUAGAAGCUCGUGGAAUAAGGUGAUAGAUUCUUUGAAGAUCGAUAUCACUGAAUUAGUUGCGCCCAAUUCUAAAGCAAAUUCAAUGAAAAAUAAGCUUAGUUUGUUCAAUCAUAAAUUUAGGGAGACUUGUGGAAUUCAGUCUACAUGGCGUGUUUUUGAUGAGCAACUAAGGAGACAAAUAAUAAUUUCCAUUGAAAUCAGUUUGUUUCCAGCAUAUGAAAAGUUCAUUUCAAUGGUUCAGUGUUGUUGGAAAAAAUGCCAAUGAGUAUAUCGUGUAUGCAAUAUCUGAUAUUCAAGAUCAACUCAACCAGUUGUUUCUUCUAGAUGAUGUUGAUUGUGUUAGAGGAUUAAUUAGGAUUCAGUCAAUGAGUUUGUAAGGUUCGGUUAGUGUUACUGCUGGUUAUUACUUAAUCUCUGCAUAUAUUUUACGCUCAAGUAUCAAAGUAUUUUUUGCUUUUACAUUCAUUUUAUAUAUUUGUUAGUUUAUGUUGAAGUUGCAAUGGUGACCUCUGUUUAUUUUUUAUACAUGUGCAUAAGUUUUGUGAUC